AUGUCUUCAUGCAUAGGGUACGGCGCGGUAAGUGUGGACUGCCAAGCUCAUCUCGCCCGAUUUAGUGGCUCCAACACUACCUUGUCCGUCAUUGGAAAUAAGCUUUGCCAAGUAUUAUGGCCGUUGCAACGGGCUGCUCUCGAUCUAUUCAACAAGUACUUAAGGUCGCAAGGUCGCUCACCAUCAAUCGGCCUACACGAGAAGAUGACUGCACUCGCACCAUCCGCUAUGCCUACCGCACCCGCCUGCCCACCAGCACCGCUUGCAAACAUGCCCGGCGCACCAGGUCUCGACAAGAUCCGUGGUCCCGCCCAACGAGACCCACCCACAGACCGCAACACGCGCGGUCCAAAGCCAUCGCACACGGCACUUGACUUUGCAAAAUGUCUGUCCUUCACACCUGCUGCUCCAUCUGGCGUGCGUCCGGGUCCCUUGCACAGUGGUGGUCGACCACCGCGACCCUCUGGUCGCGCUCCCUCUGCUGAUGCGCCACCACGACCGACAGGUCUUGUUGCACCUGUCGGUCCUGCCGAUGCACCCCUUAUUAAGCGUCAGGCUCCAUCUGCUGUUGCACCGCCUGCUAUGGGUGGACCUGCAGCAGGUAGCGGGUUGCCUGUUCCUGCUGGUGUGAUGACAGGUAUGAUGCCCAGGCCAUCUGGUACACGCAUGCCUGCACCAGCUCGCGCUUCCGGUUCAGUGAUGCGGCCACCUGCCGCUGCUGGUUCAAUGAAGCCACGACCAGCUAUGCCACAGGGUAGUGCUCGUGCUUCUCGCAUGUCUGGAUCAGCGAGCCGUGCAGGUGCUGGUCAAGCCACUACGUUGAACCCUGCUACAGGCACUGCUGCUGCUGCUGCUUCAUCAUCGCGCGCAACAGUGAUUGCCUCUGCUUCUGGCGCAAACAGUGUGUCACUCAAGAAAGUCCUUGGUGGUAUUGCUGCCAUUGCUGCUGCUGCAGUCUUGCUCAUCUAG